AUAUGUCACAGUCUAAACGAAGGUCACAUAAAUCUACAGCCAUCGCAAGAAAGAAGAAAAGAGCUAUCUUGCUUUCCUGCUAAAAAGGCCUGCGGAAGUUCAAAUUGCCCCCUCAUCCCACCUCAUCCACUCACUCAUGUAUAAUUGAUCAUUCUCCUACAAAUCUUUAACUUCAACCUCAAUUCUUAAAAUUACGAAACUAACAUAGUUACGUUUAAAGUUAAACAACUGACCGAAGUUGGGACGCGGAAGAGGUAGAGACUGAAAGAAACGCAUCGUUUAAACUUGUAAUUAAAGACUUCUUCUCUCGCGUUUCUCUGAGAAAGUGAAGAAUUUUGACUAGAGUAGGGAGUAAGGAGAGGCGUUGGUUUCGUCUCAAUAGAACAAUUAUUUCAAUCCAAUAAGCUUAUGCUGUUGGAUCUGCUCAAUUGAAAUUCUGGAUUUUGGUGGGAUUGGCCGAGGGUUGUCUGCUGUUUGAGGCAGACUUGGGUGAAUGUGUGAAGACUUGGGAUUCUUUCAAGUUAGAGAUGUCUCACGCCAUGGAAAGGUUUUUAUCUGCAGUAGCCGCCUCUAUGGAAAAUCAGGCGGCGGGAGAGUCAGUCAUCGGCACCAUCAAAAUUGCUGUUCUGCCCAUAGCAAAAGUUUUUACAAUGUGCUUUUUGGGAUUUCUUAUGGCCUCCAAAUAUGUUAACAUUUUGCCUGCCAAUGGAAGAAAACUCCUUAAUGGGUUGGUUUUUUCGCUUUUGCUUCCUUGUUUGAUAUUCUCUCAACUUGGGCAAGCUGUUACAUUGAAGAAGAUGUUGGAGUGGUGGUUUAUCCCCAUGAAUGUUGUUCUAGGCGCUACAUCAGGCUCGCUAAUAGGUUUUAUUGUUGCAUAUAUUGUUCGCCCCCCAUACCCAUUUUUCAAGUUCACUAUUAUACAAAUUGGAAUUGGGAACAUUGGGAAUGUGCCGCUUGUCCUAAUUGCAGCUCUAUGCAGAGAUAAAUCCAAUCCUUUCGGUGACUCAGAAAAAUGUAGCACAGAUGGGACUGCCUAUAUCUCCUUUGGCCAGUGGGUGGGUCUUCAAUAUUGCUUACUGGUUGGUGCAAUCAUCCUAUACACAUAUGUAUUUCAUAUGUUGGCACCUCCUCCUGAAGGUACAUUUGAAAUUGAGGAUGGAAGUCUUCCGCUUAAGAACCCUCCUAAAGAUGCUGCUCCUGAGCAAGUGCCCUUGCUUACCCAGGAGGAUGAUAAACCAAUAGAUUCAAAUGCUUCAAAGAAAGGAAAGAUUAAACAAUUUCUAGUUUUUCUAUAUGAGAAGUUGAAGCUCAAGCAAAUCCUUCAGCCCCCUAUCAUUGCUUCUAUCCUAGCCAUGUUCCUUGGUGCAGUACCAUUUUUGAAGCGAUUGAUCUUUACAACUGAUGCUCCACUCUACUUUUUUACUGACAGCUGCAAUAUUCUUGGGGAGGCCAUGAUUCCGUGCAUUUUGUUGGCUUUGGGAGGGAACCUUGUUGAUGGACCAGGAAGUUCUAAACUUGGUUUACGGACAACUGCUGCUAUUAUUUUUGCUCGGUUAAUUUUGGUGCCUCCUGCUGGACUUGGCAUUGUUAUGUUGGCUGAUAAGCUUGGCUUCCUUCCUCCUGGUGAUAAGAUGUUCCGGUUUGUCCUACUUCUUCAACAUACAAUGCCUACAUCUGUCCUGUCAGGUGCUGUCGCUAAUCUCAGAGGUUGUGGAAGAGAGGCUGCUGCUGUCCUGUUCUGGGUUCAUAUUUUUGCCGUUUUCUCAAUGGCCGGAUGGAUUGUUCUUUAUAUCAACAUUCUCUUCUGAGUUGCAAACCUGCCGCAAGCUGUUUCUGACAUGUACCUGCCGAUUUAUUUCACUUUUAGUGCUAAUAGCUAAGUGGGUUACAAAAGAAAAUUUUGAAAUUUAUUGGGAAGCAGAGGUUCUCAAUAGCAGUUUUUCGGACAGAUUUCAGAAUCUCUGUGGACUUGGAUUGUCAUUCUUAUAUAUAAGCUGGCGAAUCAUUUUUAUUGUUUC